AGAAAUUUGAUAAAAGGAAGCGAUAAACCGCCUUCAUAGGUGGUUUUGACUCGAGAUGAGUAAGGAAAACGACAAAGGUCACACCGAUGCCAACACGACUAGAAGAGAUGCUGUGGAAAGCCAGAGCAGUUCUUCACAUGAUAUUGUCGCUGCCAUAAGCACUAUGAGCUCCCAAUUAGCCUCUUCAUUUGAAAGACUGCAUGCUACAAUGCAACAGUCCUUUGGGGACAUAAAGUCCACGAUAGAUGGACUUACUGAAGAGGAUGAAGGAGAUGAGAGCUCGCACGACGAAGGGGCGCCAUUGGAAAGCGCGCCAAAACUUCAAGGCCUGAUCAGGGGUUAAGCCAGCAAUCUGGUCCCUCCUUAGGCAAAGGUAGCAAAAGCCAGCAAUCUGGUGCUACUAAUGAAGAAAAUCAGGGCACUGGAGACUCAAUUGAAGUCUUAUCUGGAAUAGCUACUAACUUGAAACUUGUGCAAAAGAAAGGCCCUGCAGUAAAUGAGCAAAUCGCCGAAAUUGUUCAAGGUCUAAUGAGAGUAAAACUCUCUGAUGAGGUUUUGACUGAGACUCAAAAUCGUUAUAAUAGACCAGAAAACUGUGAUUGCUUGGAAACUACUAAAGUAAAUCACCUCAUAUGGGACAAGCUGAAGUCUGAAACCAGAUCGGCUGAUAUCAAAUUACAACGAGUGCAAACAAACCUUGUGAAAGGGGUAAUCCCCAUUGUCUCUCUUAUUCAAGAGCUUGUAAAUGCUAGAGAUAAAAUUCCUAGCGAUGUAUUGGAAGUUGAGGAAAUACUCAAAAAAGGCACUGACGCUAUUGCACUCAUUGGCGCCGCGAACUUUGAUCUAAACAUGCGGCGUCGUGACAAUAUUAAACUUGAACUUAAUGAAGAUUACAAACACUUGUGCUCAAGUACCGUACCAUUUACCGACUAUCUCUUUGGAGACGACACAGAUCUGUCGAAACAAUUGAAAGACUUGGCAGAAGCUACUAAAGUUAGCAAAAAGAUCAAGCAUGACUCCAAAAGUGACACGCGUAAAGGGUCAAACUACAGAAACUUCAAGUCUUCAAAAAGAGGAUUUGGAUAUAAACGAGACCAAUACUCACGUUCCAACAGCUACAAGAGCAAUUUAAACUGGAAAAGGCCCAGCCUCAAGAACAAAGAAGAGGGGAAGAGGCAAAAGUAG